AUGUCGGCCCCAGCCGCCUCCCAACCCUUGCACGAUGAGAAUCCACAAUCGGAUCAAACACAAGCAGCACUUGUCGCUGAACACGAUAGCGCCCUUGGCGGCGACGACGACGACGACGAUCUUGCAAGCUUAGGUGGCCAAAGCUCCACGGCUUCGAUAACCUCGACUGUCCUGAAUUACAAAUACGAGGUCAGGGCGUUUGUGGCAAACAAGAGGCGGAGGCCAAACAGAACUGAUAUUUGCUGCUGCCAGAAUGGACGACGAUACCACGCGUACAGGGAAGGAGAAUAUGUUAUCCCUAACGAUGAAAGAGAACAAGAGCGUCUUGAUAUCCACCAUCACAUUUUCAGCCUGGUACUUGGGGGAGAGCUAUACUGCGCUCCCAUCCCGGAGGGAGUGUCGAGCGUCUUGGAUCUCGGGACGGGGACCGGUGUAUGGGCAAUUGACAUGGCAGAGACAAGGAGAGCUCACUCGCACCCAGGAAUCGACCUAAGUCCGAUCCAACCCACAUGGGUACCCCCAAAUUGCCGGUUUGAGGUUGACGACUUCGAACUCGACUGGAGAUACACAACUCCGUUCGACUUCAUUCACGCUCGAAACAUAGAAGGAUCGGUCAAGGACCAUAGAAGAUUGUUUCGGCAGGCAUGGGAAAACUUGAUCCCCGGCGGCUGGCUGGAGGCGGCCGAUGCCACCGUGGGGGUCUUCUGUGACGACGAGACAAUCAAACGAGCACCAAAUCUGCUCCAAUGGCGUGAACAUCUGGUGGAGGCGAGUCGUAUAUUCGGAAAGCCCAUGGGCGUUGCACAACACUACAAGGACUGGCUGAUGGAGGCGGGAUUUGUAAAUGUCAAGGAAGUGAUCAAAAAGGUGCCCUUCUCGCCUUGGCCAGUGGAUCCAAAACUGAAGGAGCUAGGAAGCUAUCAACAGAUCUUGAUGCUGGAAGCUCUCGACGCGUAUUCGUUUGCCCUGUUCACGAGAGUCUUAGGGUGGAGUACUCCUCAGAUCCAGGUAUUACUGGCCGGCGUGAGAAAGGAGCUUCUGGAUCGGAAAUUCCAUGGCUAUUCCAAGCUGUACUUUGUGUAUGGGCAGAAGGCGCCCUGA